UAUCAUAAGUUACCAAUUUUAUGUUUCUAUUUUCAGAACUCGCAGUGUUUCAUCAUUAAGUGUCCCCAUGCCUGAAGAGUUCAAGGCUGAGCCGGAAGCAAAAAUUGAAGAAAGCUUUACGAUUCAUCUGGGUGCACAACAGAAAACCAUGCACAAUUUGAGACUGAUCUGCGGUGAUGUACUGGACAUGUGCAGACACAAAACACCUCCAGGAGGAUCAGUGUUUUCACAGCCUCACAGGAUACAGACUGCAUUAUCACUCUACUCUGAGACACUAGCGGGUCUUGUUCUACUUGUGGACAAUAGACUGGACAGCUAUACUGGUAUUAUGAAAGAUUUUGCAGCCAUUUGUCAACAAUCAACAGAGUUCCACUUCCCAGAUCUUGACAAACAGUUGUGCCUGAUACAACAGAGCGUGGAACACAGAAAAAGAACCAAGUCUUCUACUAGUGUCACUGCACGUGUUCAAAGACCAACAGAGGAAGACGCCCUAAAGGUGCCAACGCUGAAUGCAGGGGAUUUCUACAUAACACAUCACUCUAAUUUAGCCGAAGCCCAAGUGGUGUUUCACUUGAUAGUAGACGACACCGUCAAGUCAGCGUCGUUAAACAGUCGCAACCCGUCCAUAGUCGGGUUAAGACACGUGUUACAUACCGCAGUGCGGUAUAAUAUCACUACCCUUACUAUACCGUUGUUAUUGUUCCAUGAGAUGACUGACGAGAUGACGGUCAAUUGGUGUGUUAAACGAGCAGAAUUGGUGCUGAAAUGCGUUAAAGGAUUCAUGAUGGAGUGUGCUUCUUGGAGCGGCGUGGAGUCGUUGAACGUCCAAUUCAUGAUCCCUAAAGGAAUCUCAUUAGACAUGUUUAACACCAUCUCCAACAUGCUGCCCAAUAUCUUUAGGAUCUCAACUCCCCUAGAUCUCACAUCAACUUCUAAUCGAUAAGAGAUCUUAGUUACAGUUAUGUUUAAUGAUAUCACUAUGGUUACUGGGUGGAGGCAAAAGCAAGAGGUACCAAGGAGGUCUGCGACCUCAACCUCUAUAAACCUCACAUCCACUUGUAAGUAGACAGACUGCAAAAAUUAUUUUAGAGUUUCUGGGAAAAAAUGGAUAUUUUAUCGAUGAAUUCGCAAAUUCGAUAUUAGUACAUAAAAAUGGUAUUCUAAGUUGGUCUGCAAACAUUUCUAUCACCUGACAACCUUCGUAUCAUUGUACAUUCCGUUUAUACUAUAUAUACACGGCUUGAGCUAAUCGUAAUGUUCACGUCGCAUCUAGUAAAUGCUCUUGUUGGAA